AUGGGCAAGCAAAACCCCAUCACCAUGGAGGAGAAGUACGUCCUCGGCAACGACGGGACGCCAUUCUACACGCGCGAGUACUACCCGACUGUGGGGACGCCUGACGCGUUCAUCCUCUUCCACCACGGUUUUGCGGAGCAUAUUGGACGCUACGAUGCCUUCUUCCGCCUCCUCGCCGCUGCGCCGCACAACCUGCACAUCACGGCGUUCGAUGCCCGCGGACACGGCAAGACGAGCCAAGUCCCGCUCGCCGGCGACGCGCCCGAGGUCAAGGCUUGGCGCGCUGAGGGGCUCACCGUCGUUCCCGAGAAGGGACAGAAGCAUCGCACAGGCGGAUGGGCACGCCAGCUCCCCGACUACGAAUUUAUGGUCAAGCGCGAAGCUGAGCGUGCUCAGGCUGUCGGGCGCAAGCUCUUCCUCUAUGGCCACUCGAUGGGGGCCGCACUCACCCUCGGAUUCUGCACGCGUGGGAAACACGGCCCACCCUCGCCCGAUACGAUCAAGCUCAUCAGCGGCGUUAUUGCCUCGGGGCCGUUUAUUAGGCAGACCAAGCCGUCGAGCUUCCUCCAGGUCAAGGCGGGCAUGCUCGCCGCGUCUAUCGGCCUGGGGAAUGUCGUCAUCCCCAUCCCCCUGGACGUCAAGCACUUUACCCACGACGUUGAGGUGCAGGAGAAGACGGCCAAGGAUCCGAUGUGUGGGUCCUACGGUUCGCUUCGCAGCAUCAGCGACAUGCUAUCGUACGGCCAGAGCCUGGACACGCACGCGGCGUGGGACGCGUUCCCAAAGGACCUGCCGUUAUUCAUCUUCCACGGCGGUGACGACCCCAUCGCCGACCCCAAGUCGGCUGUGCGCUUUGGUGACAUGGUCGUCGCCAAGGACAAGACCACCAAGGUCCUUCACGGCCUUCUCCACGAGCCGCACAACGAGCUAGCGCCCGAGCCGGCCAAGCUGGCCGACCUCAUCUCGAACUGGGUGCACAAGCGUACUGGCGACGCGCCUGCUACUGGGACGUCGACGCCUACGCCUACGCCUGCACCUGCGCCAGCGCCAGCGCCCGAGGCCGAGGGUGAGCCCAACCCCACGGCCGCCGCUGAGCCUCAGGCCCCUGAGACGGCUGAGCCCGCGCCCACGAAGCCCACCACGGCCAAGUUGUAG